AUGUUAUUCAAAAAAGAAAUAUUCAAAAACGUAUUUUUACCUUUGAAGAAUUUUCAAUUCCGUCCGUACGUUUUUUCUUCAUAUCGCUAUUGUCCAAAACUUAAAAGUCCAUUUCUUAAAAAUAAAAAACAAAAAUUUUAUUCUACAUUACAUAAUGAUACUAUUUAUGCGUUAUCAACUGCGCAAGGAAAAGCAGGAAUUGCAAUUAUACGCGUUUCUGGACCUAAUGCUUCACAGGUUGCCGCUAUAAAAAUGACUUCUAAACAACUUAUUCCUCGUAAAGUCACAAGAAAAAAGAUUUCUCAUCCCAAAACCGGUGAAAUUAUUGAUCACGGUUUAAUUUUAUGGUUUCCAGGGCCGAAUAGUUAUACCGGAGAGGACACGGUUGAAUUUCAUAUACAUGGUGGCACAUCUGUUGUGAGAGGUAUAUUAGAUGCAUUAGGUUGUAUAGAAAAUUUCAGACAUGCAGAAGCUGGCGAAUUCACGCGUAGAGCCUUUUAUAAUGAUAAAUAUGACUUGACGGAAAUUGAGGGUCUUGCUGAUUUAUUAAACGCAGAAACUGAGGCUCAGAGAAGACAGGCACUGCGACAAGCUCAGGGCGGGUUGAAAAUUUUAUAUGAAAAUUGGAGAAAACAAUUGAUCGAAAAUACGGCAUUCCUGGAAGCUAUUAUAGAUUUUGGUGAAGACGAAAAUAUCGAAGAUGGAGUUUUGGAACGAGUGACGGAAAAUAUAAGAAUUUUGAAAAGUAAGAUUUCUGAGCAUUUAAAUGAUAAUCGUCGUGGGGAAAUUUUGCGAGAUGGUAUACACGUGACAAUUUUGGGUCCUCCGAAUGCUGGCAAAAGCAGUUUCUUGAACUACUUAGCCCAAAGAAGAGCAGCUAUUGUAUCACCAAUUCCCGGAACUACGCGUGAUAUUAUUGAAAUUUCUUUAAAUUUUGGAGGUUAUCCAAUUAUAAUUAGUGAUACUGCGGGUCUAAGACCCUCAAAUGAUGUUAUUGAAAUUGAAGGAAUUUCAAGGGCAAAGGAUCGAAUAAAGACGGCCGAUAUCAAAAUACUUAUUCUUUCCAGCUUAGAAAUAAUGAAUUCUAUAAAAUGCGACAAUAAUUAUUUCUAUGAUAUAAGUUCAAUAAUUAGAGAUACUGUAGAUGUUGAUACAUAUCUUGUUCUAAAUAAAUGCGACCUGAUAGAACACAAGCCAGAUCUAUCAAAAUUAAAAGAAAUAUCUCUAAAGUAUAUAUCUACAAAUUAUAUUUGGUGCCUGUCAUGUCUCACAGGGGAAGGAUUCGAUGAGUUCCAAAAGUCAUUUAUAAAUUCUCUUAAAAAGAAAUAUGAUUCAUCCACUUCUCAAGUCGCUUUAAUCACUCAAGCUCGACACCGCGAACACUUGAGAGAUUGUCUAAAGGCGCUGGAAAACUUUCUUGUACUCAAUGAUAUAGUAUUAGCCGCUGAAGAAUUAAGAUUCGCAACUCAUGCACUGGGAAAAAUUACUGGUCGAGUUGACGUUGAGGAGAUAUUAGGAGUUAUAUUUCAACAAUUUUGUAUCGGGAAAUAA